AUGGAGGCUCAGCAGAAGGUGGUGUUAAAGGUCCUUACUAUGAUAGAUGAGAAAACGAAGAAGAAAGCAAUAGAAGCAGCUGCAGAUAUCUUUGGGGUUGAUUCGAUUGCUGCAGAUGUGAAGGAACAGAAGUUAACAGUGAUUGGUGAAAUGGAUGCAGUGGCGGUAGUGAAGAAGCUGAAGAAAGUAGGGAAGGUAGAUAUAAUAUCAGUUGGACCUGCCAAGGAAGAGAAGAAAGAAGAAAAGAAAGAGGAAAAGAAGGAAGAGAAAGCAGAGGAGAAGCCAGAAGAGAAACAGGAAGAGAAAAAAUAA